AUGGCCCUAAAAUGGAUUAUUGCUUUAACGAUCAUAGGCUUAUGCUUUGCCAAUGAAGCCCCUCCUCCUCCAGCGAUGCUGAGAGGAGCUGCACUAUUGCAUCGGUCUGGAGAUGAUAUGGUCAAAGAAGAAAUUUCAGAUUUUUAUAAUGGAAAAACCACUUUUAAUUUAGCCAACAAUUACUUGUUAAUGAGAAAAACCCUUGGAAGCAUAAAUGAGGAUCAAUAUCAGCAUGGCUUACAUCAAUUAGACGUGUUCUAUGGAAUGAUGAAUAGAGAAUUUCCUCCUGUUGGUCAGUUUCAAGAAAAUAAAAAUUAA